UACGAUUUUAACCUCAAAAGGGUUUCAUUAUUUUGCGUGGUUUAUGGCUGUAACUCGCGUAGCGGUUAUCUUGGGGGAAAUACUAGAUGAGGAGCAGAAACCAUCGUUGGUAAAAGAUGCCAUUCCAGGUUUAACCAGCUGCCCAUCGAAUUUGCUUGCCAAGUUCCAGUCACAUUUAAAUGGAUUAACAAGCAAUCAGCAAUGUUCACUGGAGUGCAUCUUCUGUCAUCAGAGUGAAGAUUUCGAAUUUCGAAUACUGUGUCGUCCUUCAUUGUCUGGAAUUACAUCACUUUUGACAAGUUACUUAGUCCCACGGAAAAAGCCUGACGUUGCCCUGAAUGUUAUCCUUAUUUAUGCUGGUUUAUUGUUCGAGGGAUCGGCUCAUUGGUUGUUAUCCAAUUGUGUACUGACGCCUGCAUUCUUAGUCGACUUCAUUCAUCAUUUGUCGACGCUUCAUCCUAAGUCGGAUGAUGCAGAAAAUCAACCCUCUCCAAAACCCAUUCGUCUUCAUAUUGGUAUUGGAGGUGUUACAUCUGCUGGGGAAUGGCGUCAGUUGGUUAAUACACCACCACAGUCUAUUGGAGGUCAUACAUUCCAAGUAACAGUUAAUCGUUGUCGUACAACAACAAAGGCUAAAGGAGCCCGUCCGGGCUCCACUCGAAUGAUGGACUGGAGCGGGAUGGAUGUGACUUGA